GGAAGAUGGCGGCGAAAACGAAAGUAAAACUGCAAACUGAACAGGAACUUUGACGUAUAACCCUAAUGGUGACAUUUUUGAUACAGAUUAACGCCAAGAAAACUCGUCUAACUGUGUUUGUAUUAGAUUUUACCAAAACGACAAUGUAGAAGAUAUGUCAUCAUGUCAUCAGGAGGGCUGACAGAAGAACAAAAAAGAAGGAUAGAAGAGAACAAAAGAAAAGCGCUUGCCAAGCGAGCCAAGAAUCAAAGCCCUAUCAAACAGCCACAAGCCUCUACCUCAUGGAACAAACCACAAACCUCGGGCCAAUAUACAAAAUCAGGUGGUAUAGUGGGGCCCCCUGUUGGGAGUAUUCAAGGUUCAAAUCAACAGGGAAAGACCACUCAAAGUUGGCCUACAAAACCUUAUCAAAAACCGUCAAGCACAGUGGUGCCCCCUGGUAGUAAUACUCGGAGUUUAAUUGAACAGGGAAAGAUCACUCCAACUUGGCCUACGAAAUUGAAUCAAAACUCUUCAGCCACAGCAAUUCAGAAUGCUACAAAAAAUCAGAAUGGUAUUGGAAUAGGAAAUUCAAACUGGCUCAGUAAAAGUUUUGGUCGAACACAUGAGAAUAAGUCGAUUUUAUCAGAGGGGAAUAAAUUUAAAGGGCAAGGCCAGUUCAAUGCCACUGAGGUGGCUAACAAAGUGGCCACAAGUUACAAUUCUGGAAACAUUUUCCUGGGAAAGAACAAGCCAGUGAAGGGAUGCUGUGUUCUGAUAUCCAGAGAGAGGUUCGAGGUGGAUGUUGGUUUUAGUGCACCCCUUGUUGAGGUCUUCAAGUCCAUGAAUACAAAACUUUAUGAUGCGGUUACUAAGAAAUGGUCCUUUGCACUUAAAGAGUACAACAACUUCAUGGCUGCCAUCAGAGACCUGCGGCCAUCCGUUGAGAUCGAGCCCUUCCCCAAACACAUUCUGCAAGUGUUUGCUGCUCAGAUAAAGGGGAAGAGUUCCACCAAGACUAUUCCGUCAGCCGACCUCUCAAAGAUUGACAAGGGACUAGUGGAUGCCUUAAUGCCAUUCCAACGAACAGGAGUCGAGUUUGGGAUUUAUAUGAAUGGUCGUCUGCUGAUAGCUGAUGACAUGGGUCUAGGUAAAACAAUUCAGGCUAUCUGUCUGUCGAGUUACUACAGAGAUGAGUGGCCUCUGCUCAUUGUGGCCCCAUCUUCUGUCAGAUUUGCCUGGGCACAGCAAGUCCAACGCUGGCUGCCCAGUGUUGAUCCCCAGGAGAUCUUCGUCCCCAUCGCAGGAAAAGAUGUUAAGACGACUUACCGGGUCAACAUAUACAGCUAUGACCUGAUGGCGAAGAAGGUGGAAUACCUGAAAAAGCAGCAUUUCCAAGUAGUCAUUAUGGAUGAAUGCCAUCUUCUAAAAAAUUUCAAGACAGCAAGAUGCAAAGCAGCAUUACCGCUACUACAGAACUCUCAUCGUGUGAUAUUGCUGAGUGGUACCCCUGCACUCUCCAGACCGUCAGAGCUGUAUACGUCGGUCCAGGCCAUCUGUCCCUUCCUGAUCAAGUUCCAUGAUUUCGGUGUGAGAUAUUGUGAUGGAAAGAAGAUGCCAUUUGGGUGGGAUUUCUCAGGAUCUUCAAACAUGAAUGAACUUCAGAUAAUUCUGGAAGAAAAAAUUAUGAUACGGCGAUUAAAGAAGGAGGUUUUGACCCAGCUUCCAGCCAAGACGAGGCAGAUGGUUGUCCUUGACCCCAGUUCAAUUAAGAUCAACAAAGAUAUGAAGACCGACUGUAAGGCCAUGAACGUCAAAGGACUCAAGGGCCUGGAGAGGCGAGGGGUCCUAUUGGAAUACUUCCACCAUACUGGAGCUGCCAAGAUUCCUGCCAUUAGGGACUAUGUAGUGGAUCUGAUUGAAGCAGACAAGAAAUUCCUGAUAUUUGCUCAUCAUCAAGAAGUACUGGAUGCUGUUGAGGAUGUGGUCAAACCCAAGCUGAAGCAACACUACAUUCGUAUCGAUGGCAAAACAAGUGCGGAGCAGAGGAACUCUUUUUGUAAGAAGUUCCAGGAGAAUGAGGACUAUCGUGUGGCAAUUCUCUCCAUUAUGGCAGCCAAUGCAGGCCUGAAUCUGUCGUCUGCUAACCUUGUUGUGUUUGGAGAACUAUUUUGGAACCCAGGGAUACUGGUGCAGGCAGAGGACAGAGUCCAUCGCAUUGGUCAGCAGGAUAUGGUCACUAUUCAGUACCUUGUCUCCCAGGGCACUGCUGAUGACCAUAUAUGGCCUCUGGUACAGAAGAAGCUUGAUGUCCUGAACAGAGCAGGCCUUAGUAAGGACAACUUCUCCGAGGCAGACACGACCCAUGCCAGGGAUAGCAAACAGAAAGAUCUUACAGAUUUCUUUGAGGAGUCUUUCAUGGAAGAGGCAGAUGUGGAAACAGGUGGUGAAUUAUUUACGGGGCAACAAGAGGAGGAAUGUGUGAAUCAGGGGCCAAAGGAGGGGGGAUCUGUCUCUGGCACAAAGAGCAAGGAGGAACCCGAGAUACCUAAUAAAAAACAGUCAUCCCUGUUAAGUUAUUUCCAGUCAUCAGAGGGAGAUAGCUCAACUGAGGCAGCUAAAUCAGAAAGUGAAAGUAGAACUGCAAGUGUUGUGAAACAGGAAGAGGAAAUUCCUAACGAUGACCUUGACCUUAUGCUAGGAGAGGUCGAUUGGGAAGAGGAUGAUUUUGACGAGCCACAGAACAAACGACCAAAGUUCAGUUGAUAUUAUGCAAGAUCUCACCUUGCGUGAUAGUUGUAGAUUGUUUAAAGCAUUGGAGAAAGAGAACUUGUAAUCAGUGACAGUUAUAGCUGUGAUUUGAUAAAUAUAUGCUUCUGUGAUAUAUUAUGUAGUAAUAUCCAAAUGUGUUGAUUAAGCAACUUCAAUUAUCGUAGAAAUAUCCAAGUGUGUUCAACUGAUUACCAUGAUUUAUAACUUCAAUUACAGGUGGUAAAGGUGAGAAUUCGUGUAUGGGCCUAUGUGAGAAUUCGUGUAUGGGCCAAUGUGAGAAUUCGUGUGUAUGGGCCUAUGUGAGAAUUUGUGUAUGGGCCUAUGUGAGAAAUCGUGUAUGGGCCUAUGUGAGAAAUUUGGAUGGUAGGUGGAGUGUAUGCUAAAUGUUCUCGGACCGGGAUGAAAUAAAGAUAUGCUAAUUUUGUAUAAAAAUGAUACAAAAAUUGGACACUCGCAUACAUUUCAGUAGUUCCUUAUUUUUAACACUGAAAACAAUUAAGAGCCACUACGUAAGUCUAUAUACCUAUAUAUGCAACAGGAGAAACAGAAAAUCACUGCCAGACGGGAGUUCCACCCCGGGACCUUCCAAACUCUAGAUGGAAGCUCUACGAAUUGAGCUCCCUGGUCGCCGACGAUUGACCCAGUUCAGGCUCCCUGGUCGCUGACGAUUGACCCAGUUCAGGCUCCCUGGUUGCUGAUGAUUGACCCAGUUCAGGCUCCCUGGUCACUGACGAUUGACCCAGUUCAGGCUCCCUGGUCGCCGACGAUUGACCCAGUUCAGGCUCCCUGGUCGCUGACGAUUGACCCAGUUCAGGCUCCCUGGUCGCUGACGAUUGACCCAGUUCAGGCUCCCUGGUCGCUGAUGAUUGACCCAGUUCAGUUCCACUACACCCAUAUGUGUUCAAUUGAUUCAUAGUUAAUAGACAGUUGGAUCAAGGAAGGCUUUCCAUUUGUUUUAUGUUUACCGGCAAAAGUUUGCUGUAGUGUUCUUGUUGCCUUUUCUUCUCAUCGUCAUGAGGAUGAAUUUACUUUGACAGCAAAGAUCUGUAUUACCAUCCUUGAUACUCCAGGGGUUACGCUCACUUUCACUCUCUACAUCCCUGGAAUAUGUCAGCAAUAUCAAAGGAUCAGUGUGCACCGCCUUGUGGAUGAGACGAGAAGACUAGUUUGAUCCUUUGAUGUACAUCAAAAGAAUCUGUUGUUCGCGUAACGGUAACAUUGACUGCCUUGGAAUCAGCAAUAUAUAAAAUGUAGGUCACUGUGACCAGUAUUUCCUGUUUCAUUGUCUUUAAAUUACUCUUUGCUCUUAGCUGCAUUUCUUUCGUAAGACUUAAUUUGCAUCAAGUUUAAUUUCUAUCACAGUUGCGGCAAGGGCAGUCUGUUUCGCUAACAUUUUCUAAUUAUUUAAUGUUGUAAUAUACAACUACAGGAUGAUUUCAAAGAAAAAGAAGUGAAUCAUCUAUUUUUUAUUAAACAUUAGAUAUUUACCUUUGAUAUACCGAGGUAAUCAGAUUUCCUAUACCUAAUGGGCUUUGGUGUGAUUACCAAGUUAAACUCUUCGAUGUACAACAGUUGUGCUACAUAUACUGUUCCAGUGUGUUAGAAUGACACCAAUGUAUUUUAGCACAACUAUAUUUAUUGAUUUAUAAUAAAAAUAUUUUUAUGUCAAUGCAUGGAAAAAAGGUGCUGAUUAAAAUGUUUUGUU